ACUAGAAUACCAGAGAGAGCAUGGAAGGAAUUCAAUGGACUUUACUUUCAAUAUUUGUUGGAGUACUGAUAAUAUGGAAGAGAUGGUUUACGAAGACCAUGGAAUUGCCACCAGGGCCACGGAAGUUACCGGUUAUCGGCAACCUGCACCAACUAAACAAAGGUGGGGAACUAGUUCAUGUGACUCUAGCAAAAAUGGCUCAAGAACAUGGAAAAAUCAUGACAGUCUGGUUCGGGGGUAAACAGCCAUCGAUCGUGGUGAGCCACCACGAAGCAGCGUGGGAGGUUCUGGUGACUAAAGCUUCGGAUUUUUCUUCAAGAACGCUUCCGUAUAUGUCAAAGUUCAGCAGUGCAGAUUGGCAUACUCUUGCAACAUGUAAUCUUGGUCCGUUUUGGCAAAAUCUAAGAAAAUGUCUACAAACUACAACUCUUAAUCCUCAUACUUUUUCUGCACAAGUUCAUUUGCAAGAGAAAGAUAUUUCAAAUUUGAUUCUUACCUUCAAAGAAGAAGCUUCUUUGAAUGGCGGAAUGGUCCCACUUCAAAGAACCACGAUUCAGCUCAUCGGACGAUUCUGUUUUGGAGUCGAAUUUGAAGAUAAAGAUGGGUUUGUAGAAAACAUAGAUGCCGUGAUGGAGGAGACUAUUAGACUAAGUGGACAUGCUCGUUUAGUAGAUGUGUUCGAAUUCACUCGAUACAUACCUGGAUUCAGGCUUCUCUUCAAAGAGGCAUACGAAUUGAAGCAUAAAAUAGAAGAAACUAUCCGUCCGUAUAUUCGUCGAUAUAAAUCAUCAACAAACUGUUUCUUGCAGUUUCUCCUCAGCCAGGAGGAUUACAGUGAAGAAGUAGUCAUCUUCAACCUUUUCGAACAGUUCUUGCUUUCAACUGAUAGCACCUCGAAUGCAACUUCAUGGGCACUCGCGUAUUUGAUACACGAUGAGAAAAUUCAACAAAAGGUCUACGCAGAAGUGCAGGAAUUAACUGGAAAUGGUCAUUCAAGAGAAGAAAUGAUAACAGUUGAGGAAGUGAGCAAGUUAUAGUAUGUGAAUGCAGUAGUAAAAGAGGUCUUGAGAA